GACGAUGAUUUUUUUUAGCAUGCGCUUUUAAUGACGUCAUUGGCCAGUGUAGGCCUCUGGUAAAGCUGUAAAGCCGCUUUUUUCAUUUUUGCUGAUUUUGCUUGUUGAUUAUCUUGUAUCAGUAUAGGAUCCACAGAGUAAGGCUUAAGGCGACCCAAAGCAUUUAACAGAAAUCAGGGACACAAUGAAGCUUGAGAAGACCUGACACUGCUAAGACAGUCUACCUGUGAUUGCAGUUUGCACUACCUUUGAGAAUCUGAAACCAUUGCUGAAGAUACAGUAAUUGGCUGUUGGAGGUCUAUCAAAGAACCUGGCACCUGGUGCUGGCUCAGCCAUGCUCAGUGUGCUGACUGACUCUCCUGUGGCACCACUGGUGCUGCUGGUGCUGACCUGCUGUGUUGGUGAUCUGGCCCUGCACCUGACGGCCGCCGCCAGCCCCUGCUGGCCGCGCGCAGUGCUCGAUACGGUCACACACGGCCUGGUGGCGCUGUUCGCGUGGACGGCCGUCACCUGGAGCACUGUCAGCUGGAGGCUCGCCGGGCUGGCCGGCUUCUGCGGCGCCGUGAUCGAUCUGGACCACGCGCUAAUGGCCGGGAGCCUGAACAUCGAGGCGCUGGUGAGCCUGCCGUCGCGGCCGCCGCUGCACGCCACCAGUCCGUGGCUGCUGCUGCUGGUACCGCUGGCGUUGGGUGGCCGCGUCUGGCGCACCGGCGCCGCGCUGCUGCUCGCCGCUGGACUGUCACACCAUCUCCGUGACGCCGGUCGGCGCGGCCUGCUGCUGCCGCCUCUCGGCUCCACGCCGCCGCUGCCGACACCGGUCUACCUGACUCUGGAGGUGGUAUUGUGUCUGGGCCUGCGGCACGCGCUAGGUAGUGCCACUGCCCCCGCUGCUGGUCGGACGGUCUCGGACGCAGCGCGGUUAUUGUCUGUGUGAUUGGAGGUGGUAGGUCUCGGGUGAACCAGACAACGGACGAUGGAUCGAUAUCUGUCGCAUGACGGGCUACCGUGUAUUUAACGGGUAUGCGAUGCUUGCGAGAACCAUAUUCAUUAUUUAUUGUUGGAAAAGUUAUAUAGCUGUCGAGCCGACUUACUUCUUAGUACUUCAAGUACCGAAAGGGCUGUGAAUUGCUGAUGUUCAGUGGUCGUUUCGUUAUGGUGUUGGGUAGGGCUAUUCCGCCUCUUUCAUUGCGCAUCUGUGAUAACUCCUACGUCCUCUAGAUCUGCCGGUCAAUUUUCGCGUUCGCUACCAAAGAUCGGACUGCCAGCAUACAGACCCUUUUGUACUGUGCCCUGUCCAUUCGCACUGCACUGUGUUUGUUAUUAAAAUGAAUAUCAAUGUGACAAUUGCGU